AUGUCCGGAUUCGCGGCGGCGGGCUUCGUGGCCUUCGAUUCCAUCAAGUCGAAAGCAUCGGAAAAACUUGCUGGUAGAUUCAGAAGAAGCAAUGCUGGCUACGAGGAAUUCGAAAUGCCUCGCGAGGGUAGCAAAGACAAUAAGGGGUUUGAGGAGGAUGAACGAAGAUACAGCAGACAGGUCUCGUUUGAAUCAUUCCCGGAACAUGAAAGGCCCCCAUUGCGUCAUAUCGAUACUUAUUGCAUGCCAGAAUGUCCCUGCUUGUCGAAGAGAUAUACCAUUGCAACUUUGGCUUGCAUAGGGUUUAUAAUUUCGUUCGGUAUGAGAUGUAACAUGGCCAUGGCGAAAUCAGCGAUGGAGAACAGUACUACAGGUGACAACCACACUCUCAUGUUCAACUGGACAAUUGCUACCAAGAGUGCCUUGGACUCGUCUUUCUUCUGGGGCUACUUCGUCACCCAGGUGCCAGGAGGCUUUCUCGCCUCUCUGUAUCCAGCAAACAAAAUAUUCGGCCUUGCAAUCGCUGUGUCGUCGUUCUUGAAUUUACUGGUACCUGGCGCGAUAAAAGUAGAUCCGAUCGUCGACAUAAUCGUGCAGGUCAUGAAGGGACUGGCCGAGGGUGUCACGUAUCCAGCAUGUCACGGUAUCUGGAAAUAUUGGGCGCCACCCUUGGAGAGAUCACGUUUGGCAACGUUAGCGUUCUGCGGUUCUUAUGCCGCAUUGGUUAUCGGAAUGCCGCUUUCGGGUUUUCUGUGCGAAUGGUUCGGAUGGACGGCGCCGUUUUAUUUCUACGGUGUAGUCGGAUUGAUCUGGUACGGAUUUUGGUUGUGGUUAACCUUCGAGAAGCCGUCGCAACAUCCCAGCAUCUCGACGCGUGAACUUCGAUACAUCGAAGAUUCUCUUGGCCAAGGACAAGCUCAAUUACCGAUGCCGACGUUCUCCACGACACCGUGGCGAAAGUUUUUCACGUCUAUGCCAGUGUACGCUAUCAUCGUGGCUAAUUUUUGCAGAUCUUGGAAUUUUUAUCUUCUGCUGUUAUUUCAAUCUCGGUUUCUACAGGAAGCGUUUGGAAUGAAACUGGUCGAAACCGGUGUAAUCGGAGCACUUCCGCAUUUGCUGAUGACAACGAUCGUACCAUGCGGAGGGUUACUGGCCGAUCAUAUUCGAAAACGCGGAAUAUUAUCUACCACUAACGUUCGAAAACUCUUUAACUGCGGUGGUUUCGGCAUGGAGGCCAUAUUCUUCCUGGUGACUGCGAACGCAACGGUGCACAGAAAUGGUACAGCGGCGAUCGUCGCCCUCGCGAUAGGUGUUGCUUGCAGCGGUUUUGCCAUUUCCGGAUUCAACGUCAACCAUUUGGACAUCGCGCCUAGAUACGCUAGUAUUUUGAUGGGAAUGUCGAAUGGGGUUGGUACAAUAGCGGGACUCCUGGUACCUUUCUUCGUGGAUAACAUCACAGAAAAGAAGGACACUCAAAGUUGGAAGAACGUUUUCAUAAUGGCUGCCUGCGUUCACAUUUUCGGUGUAACAUUCUACGGAAUCUUUUGCUCUGGUGAGUUACAACCAUGGGCUGAUCCUACAUUAGAGGAGCAAAAGAGCUGGAACGCGAUGGACGAGUUUGGACAAACGAAGCCACCGAUCCCACCACCACCAAACACUGUGCAGUCCGAAUUUAUUAAACAACCAUCAAUGGAUGGAGGUGCCAACGACGAUUGGAAUAAUUACGAGCAGCAACCAGUGGACAGUACGUACGGGCAACAAGAUAAACCGCCCGUGAUAAGUUACGGGUCAACAGAAACGAAUAGCAACAACCCGUUCCAUUCGACGAAUCCUUUUGCCACCGACGUGAGUGCAUCCCUGGUACAACCGCAAGCUUCGGACGACUACGCAUACGAUGUGACGCAGAAUCAGCAGUGGAACUAAACUUGUCAAUACCCGAACGAAUGCGUAAGGAA